GGCCACUUCCCGCAUGCUGCCGGCUCCUCCCUGAGCGGCGGCGGCGGCGGCGAGGCGUCAGGGACGCUCCUGGGGGCGGCUCGGGGUCGAGGCUUCCUGUCGCCCGCACUUCCUCCUGCGGCGCCGGUGCACGGCCGUCUCGGCCGGCGGGAUGGCGGCGGCCAGGGGGAGCGGCCGUGCAUCUAAACCCCGGCUGCUUCUGCUCCUGCUGGUUCCGCUGCUGUGGGCCCCGGCCGGGGUCCGGGCCGUUCCCGACGAAGACAGCCACCGGAACAAGGAACCGCCGGCGCCUGCCCAGCAGCUGCAGCCGCAGCCCGCGGGCGUGCAGGGCCCCGAGCCGGCCCGGGCCGAGAAAGGAUUUACACCAGCUGCUCCGGUUCUCACCAAUAAAGAAGAUCCAGCUACCCAAACGAAUUUGGGAUUUAUCCAUGCAUUUGUGGCUGCCAUAUCAGUUAUCAUUGUGUCUGAACUGGGCGAUAAGACAUUUUUUAUAGCAGCCAUCAUGGCGAUGCGCUAUAACCGGUUGACGGUGUUGGCCGGUGCCAUGCUUGCCUUGGGCCUGAUGACAUGCUUAUCAGUGUUGUUUGGCUAUGCCACUACAGUCAUCCCCAGGGUGUACACGUACUAUGUUUCAACGGCAUUAUUUGCCAUUUUUGGCAUUAGAAUGCUUCGGGAAGGCUUAAAGAUGAGUCCGGAUGAAGGUCAAGAGGAGUUAGAAGAAGUUCAAGCAGAAUUAAAGAAAAAAGAUGAAGAAUUCCAACGCACCAAACUCUUAAAUGGGCCAGGAGAUGUUGAAGCGGGUACAAACACAACGAUACCUCAGAAAAAGUGGCUGCAUUUUAUUUCACCCAUCUUUGUUCAAGCGCUUACAUUAACGUUCUUAGCAGAAUGGGGUGAUCGCUCUCAGCUGACUACAAUUGUUUUGGCAGCUAGAGAGGACCCCUACGGCGUAGCAGUGGGUGGAACAGUGGGACACUGCUUGUGCACCGGGCUGGCAGUAAUUGGAGGAAGAAUGAUAGCACAAAAAAUCUCUGUCAGAACUGUGACAAUCAUAGGAGGCAUUGUAUUUUUGGCGUUUGCAUUUUCUGCACUAUUUAUAAGUCCCGAAUCUGGUUUUUAACAAGCUAUUAUUGUUCAUUUGUAUUUAGUUUAAGAUAGGCAACUUGUUAUGUACAUGGUGUAUAUUAUAACUAAAAGUGAUGGAAAAUACUGUAUUUUGUAGCAUUGAUUUGUGAGUUUGACCCACUUAAUGAAAGUAUUAUGUAUGUCCAAAAAAAGAAAUAAUCAUUGAUUCUAUUUGCAACAUGGGUUUUUAAAAGAAACCUGAUAUCUAAGUGUGGAUUUUUCUUUUCUCCAGCAUAAUGAUGUUUUAAUAUGGUCUCUAUUUUUUAAAGUUUUUUUGGGCAGGGGGGAGCAGGGGACAUACGGAACCAUUGUGCAGUGGGGUCUGCCACUUGAUUUUCUUUCAGCACCGGCCCCUUUUUAAGGAAUAUAAAAUUCCUCCUGGAUCACUGAGGUGUUUUAAGAUGUUUACCUUUAAAAUUUUUCAUGGGGGAAAGAGUGAAUUAAUUUCUAUCUUUUAAAACAUUUUCAUAAGCCAGUAAGCAGUGAUUUAAUCAGAAAUGUUUCCAAAAUCCUUUACCUUUCUCAGGUAGCAGUUUCAACUUUGGUUUUAAUUAGGUUUUUUUUUUUCUUUUUCUUUUUAAAGAGCAAGAGAAAUGUAUCACUGUUAUUUAUAUCAAUGACAUGACAACAAGAAUUGUUUGCCAGGUCCAUUCUUCCUCCUUUUUUUAAUUGGGUAGGAAACCCAAUAUAAUAACAGUCAAUAUUUGACCAUGUGGAAUUACCAAAUUAAAACAGAAUACUAUGAGUGUAUUCGUAUUUUUUCUAUAUUGAAUAAACAAUGUAACAUAGAUACAACAUAAAUAAAAGUGGUAUGACCAGUG